AUGGAUAUGUUCAAAGGAUAUCUUAAAAGUGUUGUUGAUAUAGUCAGCAAUCUAGCUGAGCCGAAUUGCGGUGAUACUACUGAAGGAUCUCCAAAAAAUGUUGAUAAACAGUAUUGCGGUGAUGAGGAUUCUCAGGAUACCUGGGCCUCUGGUAUUGUGUCUGAAACUCUCAACCAGGAGAAUCCCGGAGGUGGUUAUUUCAGCUGGGUGCCAAAUCUUUUGACCCCUAACAAUGAAAACUCCGUAUUAUACUACAUGAAUUCACUAGCAUCUAUGGGAGUAAACCCGAAUGACGAAAGUGAGCAACAAACCCCUCAAAAAACUGAACAGCUAUCUGUCAUAACGACAGAUAUUUCAAAAAUUCAAGUUUCUGAUAAUACUGAUGUCUCUGAAGUACCUGAAUUCCAGGUAGACAAUCCAUCGUUGUCAGAUGACCCAAACUCAAACUGGAUGGGUGGAUUUUCUGCUAAAACGUCUCGCGUUUGGGAGCAGAUAAAACAAGAUUUAGCGAAGUUGUUAGUUCGGUUUCGAGAUCAUAUUACUGCUGCCGCAAAUACAGUGAAAAAUAUAGAUCCUGACGAAUUCCUCUUGCCGAAUACCGAAGAAAAAGUCUCUAAACAGCCUCCCGGGAACACAGAUGAUUCAGAUGUAACUGCUUUGCCACCAGAAUUGCCAAGUUUACCUAAGAUUAAACAAGAUGUAUCACAGUUGAUUGAUUCUCUUCGUAGCGGCUUAAUAUCGACUGGUACCUUUUUUGGUUUGAUAUCCACGGAAGAAGAUCAGUCUAAGGAUAACAGUAAACAUAAAGCUCGUCUCGAUGUGCUGAGAGCUGAUCCUGCUACAUAUGAACUUGAACCACCAGUUCCUCCUGUAUCUUCUAAUAUACACUCUUAUUACGACUGGAGAACAGCUUAUUUUGAUGAAGAUACUUGUCAACCAAUGGAUGGUAUUCCGUUAGCAGAUGCUAAAAACCCCGAAUACAGUCAUCUUCCAGUUGAAGAACUUACCCAGCCACCACACCCUAGUCCAGCAGAACUACUAGAUUCUUAUCCAUUUAUGCGUACAUAUCUAACUCAGCUUGUUCACCCAGAUGGCAAGAUAAACGAAAAGUCAAUUAGUGAUGCCGAUUUUUGGUCACGAUAUUACUAUCGUGUUUGGCUGUUAGAUUCAACGGAAUUCCGUAGAAGAAGACUGAAUGAACGAGUUGAGUCGGUGUCGACAGCCAAACAAGUGGUUCCUGACCAGACUAACUGGUCUAUGAAUUCCAACGGGACUUCAGACAACUUGAAUGUUACCGAAGAAGAUAAAUGGCCAGAUACACUGGACAGUGAUGAUCAUACAACAGUAGAAAACGAAUCGGUUAUUUCAAAUGACAAAGUAAAUACAAAUACUGUUACUACAACCACUGUUGACAGUACAGGAAACACUUCAGUAUCUGGUAAAUCUUCAGAUGGAGAAUGUGGUACCGGUAAAAAAGCAUGUAAUACUGGUGGCGAUAAAUUGGCAAUCGAAAAAAAACGUUUCAACAGCAACAAAAUUGUGUCAAGUGAUAAAACAGAAGUAAAAGAUUUCAAAAUGAAAUCAGCUACUUCAUUGCCAGAAAAUAAUUCUGUUUUUACAGAAAAUCAAAAUUCAACUAAUAUACUCUCUGAUUUUGAAGAAAUGACAUCCGGUUCAUCAUCACUUGUGAUCCUUGCAGAUGAAGUCGAUCAGGACGAGUUAGAUGAAAACCUAAUAACAGCAUGUUCAGUUACAGCAAAGACGACUACUCAUCCUCCUAAAGUUCUUUCGCCGGAGCAUGGUAGGACCUCAGAAUCUGAUGGUGAUUGGGGUGAUUCCGAAGAUGAAUGUGAUAAUGGCCCAGCCAACAACAACAAACUCAUUGAAGCUAAAAAUUCAGUUGGCGAAAAUAUUGACGAUUGGGAGAGUUGGUCAUAA